UGCACCGGUUUCGAUAGUUGAGGGACCUAUUGUGUCUUGUAUCUGUUUUUUCGGUUGAAGGACGAAAAAAUCGGAUUCGUUGAUAAGUUUAGGGAUCUCGGAUGAACUUAUUCCUCCUAAAAUUCGCGGGGACUCAGAAGUUGGGCUGGACCUGCUAGCCAAAUCCCAAUUGGGCCUUGCCUUUUCUGGCUUUAUACCCAACCCGAGUAGCACUGCUCCGCCUUCGCCGUCUCGCCGCCGUCCUGCCUGCGAUAGCCCUGACCUAGGGCGGACGAACUGACGAAGAAUCCCGCUCUUCCGGGACGUCAGGGUGGGAUGGCCGAGUUUCUCUUCGAGGACAUCUUCACUGUCACCAGGCUCGACCCUGAUGGCAAGAAGUUUGACAGAGUUUCUCGUAUCGAAGCUCGCAGUGACCAGUUCGAUAUGUACAUGCAGUUAGAUGUUGCCACAGAUGUCUAUCCUAUGCAUCCAGGUGACAGAUUUACCAUGGUCUUGGUUCCUACUUUGAACUUAGAUGGUACCCCAGAUAGCGCCUUCUUUACACAGGCUGGCAGGAAAACUCUGGCUGACAAAUAUGAGUAUGUCAUGCAUGGGAAGCUUUAUAAGAUCUCAGAAGACAAAGACACCUCUGAUCAAAAUGCUAAAAAAGUGGAGAUGUAUGCAUCAUUUGGUGGCCUCCUAGUGAUGCUUAAGGGUGAUCCCUCCAGUGCUGCGAAUUUUGAGCUGGACCAGAGGCUGUUCCUACUUAUGCGCAAGGUGUAGAAUUGUCAAAUUUUUAGGAGAAAAUUUGUCGACAAAUGUAUAGGUAGUCCCUUACUUAAAUAAAUGGGUGAACUACAUAAUAUCCUAAUGUUGAUGGGCCUUUGUGUGGGUCUCUCUAUGCUUGAACACACCAGCUUCCCUCCAAAUCAGCACUUCAUCUCUAAUGGCUCUGUAAACUUGCGCUGCAGUGCAAUCUUUGUGUUCAAAGAUUCUCAAGUUGCGCUCUUUC